AGAGGACUUCAAAGAGAUUUCUCCACAGCUGUCUUUUCCUCUGGCUUGUUUUUCCGUUGGAAAUCCAGGUGUGGCGUAGCCGGGCGGAGGCUCUGUGGUGACUGCGGAGAAGAAACCUUGAUGGAUACCCGGACGGCUACCGCUGAGCUGGGCUGGACUGCAAACCCUCCUUCCGGGUGGGAAGAAGUCAGUGGCUACGACGAGAACCUCAACACCAUCCGCACCUACCAGGUGUGCAACGUCUUCGAACCCAAUCAGAACAACUGGCUCCUCACCACCUUCAUAAACCGGCGCGGUGCCCACCGCAUCUACACCGAGAUGCGCUUCACCGUGCGGGACUGCAGCAGCCUCCCCAACGUCCCCGGCUCCUGCAAGGAGACCUUCAACCUGUACUACUACGAGACAGACUCCGUCAUUGCCACCAAGAAGUCGGCUUUCUGGACGGAGGCGCCCUACCUCAAAGUGGACACCAUUGCGGCUGACGAGAGCUUCUCCCAGGUGGACUUUGGGGGUCGGUUGAUGAAGGUGAACACGGAGGUGCGGAGCUUUGGACCCCUCACCCGCAAUGGCUUUUACCUCGCCUUCCAGGACUAUGGGGCCUGCAUGUCAUUGCUCUCGGUCAGGGUCUUCUUCAAGAAGUGCCCGAGCGUAGUGCAGAACUUUGCCAUCUUCCCAGAGACCAUGACUGGGGCGGAGAGCACCUCUCUGGUGAUUGCUCGUGGCACCUGCAUUCCCAAUGCCGAGGAGGUGGAUGUGCCCAUCAAGCUGUACUGCAAUGGCGACGGGGAGUGGAUGGUUCCCAUUGGCCGCUGCACGUGCAAGGCCGGUUACGAGGCGGAGAACAACGUGGCCUGCAAAGCUUGCCCGGCGGGGAUGUUUAAGGCCAACCAGGGUGUGGGGACCUGUGCCCAGUGCCCCACCAACAGCCGCUCUACGUCGGAGGCCUCUCCCAUCUGCACCUGCCGCAACGGCUACUACCCGGGAAACACCCCCACCAACCAAGCCGCUCCCUCCACUGUUCCCAUCAUGCACCAGGUAAGUGCCACCAUGAGGAGCAUCACGCUGUCGUGGCCCCAGCCAGAGCAGCCCAACGGCAUCAUCCUGGACUACGAGCUGCGUUACUACGAGAAGGUGAGCCGGAUCUGCCACCCCGAGAUCAGCGGCGCAGCCGGCUUGCGACCAGCCACCGACCACAGCGAGUACAAUUCCUCCAUGGCCAAGAGCCAGACCAACACGGCCAGGAUCGAGGGCCUGCGGCCCGGCAUGGUGUACGUAGUGCAGGUGCGGGCCCGCACCGUGGCUGGCUACGGGAAGUACAGCGGGAAAAUGUGCUUCCAAACGCUGACAGAUGAUGACUACAAGUCGGAGCUGAGAGAGCAGCUGCCUUUGAUCGCGGGGUCUGCGGCUGCUGGCGUGGUCUUCAUUGUCUCGCUGGUGGCUAUUUCCAUCGUCUGCAGCAGGAAGCGGGCUUACAGCAAAGAGGCCGUGUACAGUGAUAAAUUACAGCACUACAGCACCGGCCGAGGCUCCCCGGGGAUGAAGAUCUACAUCGACCCCUUCACUUACGAGGACCCCAACGAGGCUGUCCGCGAGUUUGCCAAGGAGAUCGACGUGUCCUUCGUGAAGAUUGAAGAGGUCAUUGGAGCAGGGGAGUUUGGAGAAGUGUACAAAGGCCGCUUGAAGCUGCCCAGCAAGCGGGAAAUCUACGUGGCCAUUAAGACGCUAAAGGCUGGCUACUCGGAGAAGCAGCGCCGGGACUUCCUGAGCGAGGCCAGCAUCAUGGGCCAGUUUGACCACCCCAACAUCAUCCGGCUGGAAGGAGUGGUGACCAAGAGCCGGCCGGUCAUGAUCAUCACCGAGUUCAUGGAGAACGGGGCUCUGGACUCGUUCCUGAGGCAAAACGAUGGGCAGUUCACGGUCAUCCAGCUGGUGGGCAUGCUGCGGGGCAUCGCGGCGGGAAUGAAGUACCUGGCGGAGAUGAACUAUGUGCACCGGGACCUGGCCGCCAGAAACAUCCUGGUCAACAGUAACUUGGUGUGCAAAGUGUCCGACUUUGGCCUCUCCCGCUACCUGCAAGAUGAUACCUCAGACCCCACCUACACCAGCUCCUUGGGUGGGAAGAUCCCGGUGCGGUGGACAGCGCCUGAGGCCAUCGCCUACCGCAAGUUCACCUCCGCCAGCGAUGUCUGGAGCUACGGCAUCGUCAUGUGGGAAGUGAUGUCCUUCGGCGAGAGGCCGUACUGGGACAUGUCCAACCAAGAUGUCAUCAAUGCCAUUGAGCAAGACUACCGUCUUCCCCCUCCGAUGGACUGCCCGGCUGCGCUUCACCAGCUCAUGCUGGACUGCUGGCAGAAAGACCGCAACACCCGCCCUCGCUUCACAGAGAUCGUCAACACCUUAGACAAAAUGAUCCGCAACCCAGCAAGCCUCAAAACUGUGGCUACCAUCACCGCUGUGCCUUCUCAGCCACUUUUAGACCGCUCCAUCCCAGACUUCACUGCCUUUACCUCAGUAGAAGAUUGGUUAAGCGCCAUUAAAAUGAACCAGUACAGAGACAGCUUCCUGACUGCUGGCUUCACCUCCCUGCAGCUUGUUGCCCAGAUGACCUCAGAAGACCUUCUGAGAAUAGGGGUGACUUUGGCUGGACACCAGAAGAAGAUUCUGAACAGCGUCCAGUCUAUGAGAGUACAGAUGAGUCAGUCUCCGACCUCGAUGGCAUGACGUCUCUCGUUUUGCGGGGUUGGGAAAGGGAGGGGAAGCAAGGAAGGGUCAGAGGUGGGAGGGAAGGAACAGACUGACAAAGCAGUGAAACAUGUGGAAAGGUUGAAUGAUCGUCUGAGAACUGUAGCAGCUGCAGACAAAGAACACACGGGACUCGUUUCUAACCGGCAGCUUCCGUUUCUCGCUAACAGAAGCACACUUACCGAUGCCAGGGGAAACCGCGUAUUAAAUACAUAUAAAUAUGUACAAAUCAUAUAUUUAAAAGACAAUGAAGACAAACCAAUGUGUGUUGGGAAAAUAAUAGACUCCAAUCCUACCACCAGUGAGCAGUAGUCAAAACUGAUGAAGAAACAAGGGGCCAAUGGGGAGGGGAGAAGUGCAAGAAUUGAGUUUUCAAACCCAGAGAAACCAUCUUCAGCAACGACAGUCCUUUUCUUUUCUUCUUUGGCUCCCCUCCCUGACCCUCUUUCCCACACCCCGUUCCCUUUCUACUCAUGGUCUAUAUGUGGAAAUGUCUUCAAAGGUCUCCACAGCUACCUACUGUGAUAUUGUUCCGUCAGCUACCAAAAGACUUCACUGACCACUGCAUGGGGGAUCCAAAUCAAUCCAGUUAAUGUCUUCAUAUUGAAGAAGAGAUGUACCUUCAAUAGAAAAUCUUGUUUUUCUUUUGCUUGCAUUUUUUUGCAAAAAGGAAAAAAAAAACAUAAUGGAAAAAAGCGUUCCCGUGUGCGCGCAUGCGCGUUUCUAUGUGUACUUUGUCAACUUACUGUGGAUUCACUGCUUCUCCGUUACAGAGAAAACAAACCAACCCCAAGUGCGACGGAUGGUAAAUUCGUAACCUCCAGCGGAACUGGUGGUGUGGGGGAAAGAGGGACAAGUGUUUGGCUUUGCCUUCUGUCUGGAUCAAUUGCACCUGGAAUGGUUAGUGAGAAAUAAGAGAAAAAUAAAGCGAACCCAACUCGGUGGUUUGCAAACCUGGAGGAAGAAGCCAAGGAACGCUCCGGUUGGGUAUUGUGCUGGUUUCAUAGGGGAUUAUUCUGAGAUUUACAGUGUUUGUUAUGGGAUUAUUGAUUGAAGAGGCAACAGGAAAAGAAGACUGAGAAAGACACUCUGGAAAAUAGACUGGUUAGUCCUCCAUCAUCUCAGUGAUCUGCAGAAGAUUGCUAUGGAGAACUUUUUUUUUUUUCCAUCGUGUGGACCUAAGGAUUUGGCUAUUAAAUUACUGACUUAGGUUUCAUGGCUUCAGAGGGGGAGUACAUCAGUAAUUCAUCUCCCACGGAAACGGAGACAGAGCAGCACCGCUCACCACCGCUCUGCCCUCCUCCGUUUCCUCUAGCAGAGCAGCCCGCAUGACCACAAGAGGAAUGCUGCCCUCUCCACAGCAA